AUGGUAAGCGUGGUAAGCGCACAGCGUCUGGACCUGGGCUCAGUUUUGGCGCACAGCACCUUCCUGCCUGACCCCUCCGGACUGUCCUGUCCUGCCCGGCACCUGCCAGGGCUGAUGGCUUUUCGAGCAUCUGGGCCGGGGCAGCCGAGAAAGGCGCGCUGCGGUUCCGUGUCAUUUGAAGAUGUUGCUGUGGACUUCACCUGGGAUGAAUGGCAGCAUCUGGAUGUGGCACAGAGGAGACUCUACAGGGACGUGAUGCUGGAGAACUACAGCAGCCUCCUGUUCUUGGGACGGUGCAUGACCAAACCUGAGGUGAUCUUCAAGUUGGAGCAUGGAUUUGGGCCACGGCCUGUGGUAGACUCCUCUGUCCGCAGCCUUCCAGGUAUUCAUAAAAUGCCUGCCCAGGAUGCGAAUGACCAGGAAAAUCACAAAGGACAUUUGUGGCAAGUUGAAAUUGCCAACACCCAGACGCCGAAUGACAAAAGUGUUAAAGCAGACCUGAAGGUGGCCCGGAAACUCCAACCCGGGACAGCAUCCGAUGAAGAUAAAGGAUGUGUGAGGGCAUUGAUCCAGCAGCCUCAGCACAUGAGGGGUCGGAGGAGUCACACACAUAAGAAAAGCGGUCGUCAUAAGUCACCUCUCAGUCACUGUCAGAGGCCUCUCAAUGAGGAGACGCUGUGUACACACAGACAGCACAGGAAGUCACAGGUGAGGGGACAGAGAAGUCACAGAGGGGAGAAGCCAUAUGAAAACUCAGGAUGUGGGAAAGCCUCCCACACCAAGUGUCAGCAUCAGAGCACUCCCAGAGAUGAGAAGCCCUACAAAUGUCUCGAAUGUGGGAAAUAUUUCUACUACAAGUCACAAAUCAUUGAGCAUCAAAGAAGUCACACAGGUGAGAAGCCUUAUGAGUGUACGGAAUGUGGAAAAUCUUUCAGCUAUAAAUCACACCUCACUGUCCAUCACAGAAGUCAUACGGGUGAGAAGCGUCAUGAAUGUACAGAAUGUAGAAAAGAUUUUUACUAUAAGUCCCAACUCACACAGCACCAAAAAAGCCAUACGGGGGAGAAGCGCUAUGAAUGUACGCAGUGCCCUGAAGCUUUCUACUUUAAGAAACAACUUACCCAUCAUCAGAAAACUCAUAGUCCUGAAAAGCGCUUUAAAUGUAGACAGUGUGGUAAAGCUUUCAACUGGAGGUCCAACCUGGCUGUGCAUCAGAAAAUCCACAGUGGGGAGAAGCCCUUUGAAUGUAAACAAUGUGGUAAAGCCUUUUACUGCAAGUCCCACCUCACCGUGCACCAGAGAACUCAUGUAAAUAAAAAGCUUUAUCCGUGCUCACAGUGCAGGAAGGCAUUCUACUCUCAGGCACAGCUUGCUCUACAUCAGAGAAUUCACACUGAUGAGAAGCCCUAUGAGUGUAAGCAGUGUGGCAAAACAUUCUACAGCAAGCCUGGGCUCACUGCACAUCAGAAAACUCAUACGGGCGAGAAGCCCUACGCAUGUAAAGAGUGUGGGAAGGCGUUCUAUAACAAGUACCUGCUCAUUGAGCAUCAUAGAGUCCAUACGGGCGAGAAGCCCUAUCAAUGUACAGAAUGCAGGAAAGCAUUUUUCUCCAAGAAACAUCUUUCUCUCCAUCAGAAAACUCAUGCAAGUGAGAAGUCAUUUCGUUGUGCAGAGUGUGGGAAAGCUUUCUCCUGGAUGUCACACCUCACUCAGCAUCAGAGAAUUCAUACGGGUGAGAAGCCUUAUGCAUGUGAACAGUGUAGGAAGACUUACUACUUUAAGAGACAGCUCACUCGACAUCAAAGAACUCAUACACACGAGGAGUCAUGAGGUAUAAAUAAUACUGGCGAACGCAACCUCUCUGUAUGAAAGAAAUAAGAGAGAAGCCCUGUGGUGAGUGUAGCAGAUACAGACAUUUUUCUCCCUCAUGCAUCCCUUACUCCAAAUCAGAUGAGAAAGCCUAAGAGAGUAAAGAAUGUAUGAACUCCUGCUGAAGUGUAUCAUCAGGAAUGAUUAAUGUAAAACCUGUGGACAUUUUCUAGUGUAAGUCAGGUUACUCAACCAAUGAACCUAUACUGGGGUCUAUCUGCAAACACUGUUGGAAGGCAUGUUCCUCAUACUGUGUGUAAGAGAGUUCAUGCAUGGGGCUGUCUCCUAUGGAGUUAAAAACUAUACCAUAGCUUUCUCAUUCUUCCCAUUACUUCAGUGUAUUGUAGGUGAGUAACACAGAACGUAAAGAACAGAGGAAGGCGUUCGAACAUUAAACCCCAUCAGUUCACACCCGAAAGCUUUUACAGGUGCAGGCCCAGUGACAUUAGUGAAAAUAGACACAUUUUGAGAUAGAAAUUGGACAUUUAGGAACUUGUUAUGUGAUAUGUCACAUAGAGCAAAAAGCAAAGCGAGAUGAAUUAUUUCAUGCUUUCAAUUCUAGGUCCUGGUACUGCAGGUUUACUGGGACUUAGCGAUUGAAGAUUGAACUUAGCAACAUAGGCAGGUUCCAUUUGAUAUAAAGUAGAAAAGCCUUGUUGAAGUGCCCAUGUCAAAUUAUGACAUUGCAGCCCCUGUGUUGAAAACCCAUAUAAAUUCCCAGAUAUGAAGAGUAUAAAGAGUACCAAUACUUUUGAAGUGAACUUGAAAUUUACCUGGAAUCAUUAAACCAAUACACAGGAUUAAACAUAAGAUUCCAGUAUGAAGACAUUCUUGAACUUAGCAACAUAGGCAGCUUCUAUUUGAUAUAAAGCAGAAAAGACUUCUUGACGUUCUCCCCUG